GCUUAGCAAGCAAAUCAUCAUGUCAACCCAAUUAGCUUCUCGUUUUGUCAUCAAAAGAACAUCAGCUUCUCUUUCAAUCCAAACACCAAAAAUUGUUAACCCUGAAAUCCUUCGGCGCACUGCGAUUUAUCACCCUAGCAUCUGGGGAGAUCGGUUCAGCAACUAUGAAGAAUCCCAGGACCCUAUGACUCGAUCCCUUCUGCAAAAGCAGGUUAAUCAAUUGAAAGUAGUAGUGAAAAGGGAAGUUUUCAGAAAUGCUUCAAGUGACUUUUCGACUCAGAUGAAGUCAAUCGAUGCGAUGCAGCGUCUCGGCAUUGCAUACCAUUUCGAAAGAGACAUAGAGAACGCACUCGAGCAGGCUCAUGCUGCAUGUGUUCAUGAUGGUAACUUGUACAAUGUUGCUCUUCGUUUUCGAUUAUUGCGGGAACAUGGAUAUAAUGUUUCAUCUGAUAUAUUCAAGAGGUUCAAAGAUGCAAAUGAUAACUUCAAGGAAGGCUUGACUUCCGAUCUGCCCGGUAUGCUAAGUUUUUAUGAGGCAACACAUCUAAGGAUCCAUGGUGAAGAUAUUCUAGAAGAUGGUCUACAUUUCACUACAGCUCACCUUGAGUCAUCUGCAAACGAUGUAAAUCAUCCACUGGCAGCCCAGAUAACUCAAGCCUUAGAGAGACCGCUACGAAAAUUUCCAGAGAGAUUAUACGCGAGGCAUUACAUAUCAAUCUUCCCGGAUGAUCCAAAAUCUUUGCAUCAUGAAGCAGUAGCUUUAUUAUUGAAACUUGCAAAGUUAGAUUUCAAUCUUGUUCAGUCUUUACACAAGAAGGAGCUCAGUGAGAUUAUUAGAUGGUGGGAUGAACUAGAUUUUGAAAGGGAGCUACCAUUCGCGAGAAAUAGGAUUGUUGAGCUGUACUUUUGGACAUUGGGAGUAUAUGCUGAACCCCAGUACUCAAAGGCAAGACAUUUCUUAACAAAAGCUAUUGCAUUUGGAUCAGUUUUGGAUGACAUCUACGAUGCAUAUGGUUCAUUCGAAGAACUCAAAAUAUUUACUGAAGCAAUUCAAAGGUGGGAUGUCAAUUGUAUAGAUGAACUGCCAGACUAUAUGAAGAUCUUCUAUCGUAGACUGUUCAUUUUGUGCAAUGAAAUUGAGGUGGAGAUGGUGAAGCAAGGAAAAUCAUACCGAGUUCACUUCGCAAAAGAAAUUAUAAAAGCUCAAGCUCGACUAUACUUUGCGGAGGCACAGUGGCUUCAUGAAAACUACACUCCAAGUAUGGACGAGUAUAUGGAGGUCUCUGUACGUUCGGUUGGAAACAGUUUCCUUUCGACAAUGUCGCUAGUCGGAAUGGGAGACAUUGUAACCAAGGAUGCAUUUGAGUGGUUGGCAAAUCACCCUAAAAUUCUUAGAGCUUCCAAUAUUAUUUUUAGGCUCAUGGAUGACCUUGUUUCCGGCAAGUUUGAGAAAGAGAGAGAGCAUAUUGCUUCAAGUAUUGAUUGUUACAUGAAGCAAUAUGGGGUAUCGGAGCAAGAGACGGUUGAUAUUUUUAACAAAAAAGUUGUAGAUUCGUGGAAGGAUAUAAACGAAGAGUUUUUGAGACCGACUGCUGUUCCUGUGCCAGUGCUUACUCGUGUUCUUAACCUAACCAGAGUUGUUGAUCUUCUUUACAAAAAGGAUGAUGAGUACACACGAGUGGGAGAUGUGAUGAAAGAUGGUGUUGCCUCCCUCCUAAUUCAUCCGGUACCAUCGUGAUUGAGUAACAUCACCUUUGUGAUUGAACGAUGAGGUCCUACCCAUAUCCAGUUGUGGAUUGGCUUUAGCACUUUCUAAUACCCAUAUCAAGAAUGUGGGAUGCAGCUGUUGAUUGAAUAAUGGAGGGUCCUAUACCCACAUCUAGUAGAUUUUUUUUUUCGUUGAGAACAUCUGGUAGUUAAUUUGCUUCUUAAAAGAUGGGAUAUAUGUUGUUUUGGUAUGUUUUGCACGCAUUAUGUAUAUUGUCUUUCUAACU